AUGGCUGACUCCUCGAACAAUCAAACUGGCGAGCAGCGCGCCUCCUCGUCCAAGGGCGAUGGCGAUAUGAUGCCUCCUUCGAGUAUACUUUCUCCUUCCGAGACCGUUUCGCCAUCUGCCGCCGAAGACGGCAACGCGUCCCCUAUCAAGAUGCCUCUGCUUCCCCACGAAAAACUUUUGCCUGUUCCCUCGGAUGAUGAAGGCGAUACUUCUCCUGUUGAUAUGCCUCUUCUUCCUCAAGAGAUUCUCUCCAAGCUUGCCGAAGACGAAAAGAACAAGAAUCCGCCUGCUGGAGGUAUCUUGUCCACCCAUGAGAAUCAUUCGGGGCCUGUCUCUGACAAUGAUGGCAACACAUCUCCUAUUAAGAUGCCUCUGCUUCCUCACGAGAAACUCUCUCCCUCCUCGGGCGAUGGUAGCGAUAACUCUCCUAUUGAGAUGCCUCUUCUUCCCCAUGAGAAGCUUUCUUCCCCUACUUCUCAGGUCCCUACCUCUCCCGCCUCAGUCACUCCUAUCUCUUCCACUCCCGCCGCCAAAGACCACCCCCAGAUCUUGAUCUACCAGUCUAGCGACGCCAAGGUCUACCUCGACGGAGACAGAGCCAUCAAAGAACACAUCUCUUUCGCCCAUCUUCGGGAAGAAUUUCACGCCACCGACGAGCUCUAUCAUUCGAUGCGUGUCUGGUACACCGUCCUGCCCCAAAGACUAGGAGAAAUCCUCGGCGCAGAUCAUCCCUACCUGAACCGUCUCAGCGGCUGCUACCCCAUCGUCCCUAUCCAGUUCACCCUCGUCAAGCGCAACGCCAAUCAUACCGACACUAUCGACGGCGUCCCCGUCGAGGGCGAGAUCAAGAUGCGGAGAAUGGUUCCCGUCAGACCCGGCAUAAUCUCAGACGUCAUCUACCACACCUUUCCCACUGCCGCCCUCCGAGCCGAGGCCCGCCAGCUGCCCGCCAACUUCGACCUGCACCCUCUGGCCUACCUAGGCAUGAACCAGCCCGCCUCCGUCGCCGAGCAACGUUCUCAGAACACAAACCUCGCCGCCUUCCCCGCCUACCUCGAGCAGAUCACCCAGUACGUCGGCAGGAAGGGAGUUAUCAUGCUAGCUCGCCAGAUGGGCAUCGCUCUUGCCGUCAUUCACGUCGACCUCGCCAGGGACGCCCACCACGUCAAGUUCCACGUCGGCUACGAGGAGGGCUACGACCGCGCCACGCUGUGGAUCAGCGGCCUUGGCCGCAUGAACAGGCUGGAUGUGAAGGACGACGGCGAGGUCGUGGGAGACCCCGCCCUGGAGGUCUAG